AUUCGCACAUCUGCGUUGGCCUUCCUCUGUCUGAUAGACAUUGACCUGGCAUAGUGACGAGCACAGCCGCCCCCACUUCCAGCUUUAAUUUUCCACAAUGAGCCUCCUUCGCAACAGCGCCAGCAGCAGCCGCUCCGUGGCGCUGGCCACCCAGGCGAGCACUGCUCUCCGCACUCCCACCCCAGCUCGGGUUCCGACUGGUUUCGCACGCACUGUCCGGAAUCGGUCGUUUGCUGCGACCGAGCAGCGCUUUUCUGAGCGCCUGCUCUCGAGGCGCAAUGUCGCUCAGGCGGCACGCUCGGCUCUUCCAAGCUCAUGCUUCAACAACUUUGUGCGCACCUACGCCGCCGAAGCAGGCGGCAAGUUCGUGCGCUCCAAGCCGCACAUGAACAUUGGCACCAUCGGCCAUGUCGACCACGGUAAGACGACGCUGACGGCAGCCAUCACCAAAGUCCUCUCUGAAACAUCUGGCACCGGCAAGUUUGUCGACUACUCUUCGAUUGACAAGGCACCAGAGGAGAAGGCGCGCGGUAUCACCAUCGCCACAGCGCACGUCGAGUACGAGACGGGUAACCGCCACUACGCCCACGUCGACUGUCCCGGUCACGCUGAUUAUAUCCGUAACAUGAUCACCGGUGCCGCUCAGAUGGAUGGCGCGAUCAUCGUCGUUUCUGCCACGGACGGCCAGAUGCCGCAGACGCGCGAGCACCUGUUGCUCGCCAAGCAGGUCGGCAUCAAGAAACUCGUCGUCUUCAUCAACAAGGUUGACCAGGUCGAUGACAUGGAGAUGCUGGAACUCGUCGAGAUGGAAAUGCGCGACCUUCUUUCAACGUACAGCUUCGACGGCGAGAACACCCCAAUCGUAUCUGGCUCGGCGCUGGCCGCGCUCGAAGGCAAAACUCCCGAGAUUGGCGCAGAGGCCGUGCUGAAACUGAUGGAGGCGACCGACAGCUGGCUAGAGCUGCCGCCGCGUGACAUGGACAAGCCAUUCCUGAUGCCCGUCGAGGACGUAUUUUCCAUCUCUGGUCGCGGCACCGUUGUCACGGGGCGUGUCGAACGCGGGACGAUCACGAAGGGCUCCGAAAUUGAGAUCGUCGGCCUCGGCUCGAGCAUAAAAACGACAUUGACUGGAAUCGAAAUGUUCCACAAGGAGCUCGACCGCGGCGAGGCGGGCGACAACAUGGGUGCGCUCUUGCGUGGUAUCAAACGCGAGCAGAUCAAGCGUGGCCAGGUCCUCUGCGCUCCUGGGUCGAUCAAGCCAGCAAAGAAGUUUACCGCGCAGAUCUAUAUCUUGACCAAGGAGGAAGGUGGGCGCUACACGCCAUUCACGAACAACUAUCGACCGCAGCUGUUCAUUCGCACGUCGGAUGUGACCGUCUCGCUGACGCACCCGCCUGGCACGCCAGACGCGGAUGAGAAAAUGGUCAUGCCCGGCGACAAUGUCGAGCUGUGCGGCGAGCUGGUGCACGACAUCGCGCUUGAGGUCGGCUCGCGCUUCACCCUGCGUGAAGGCGGCAAGACGGUCGGCACCGGCGUUAUUACCACCAUCUCGGGAUGAGCGACGUGGCCUCGCGUCCUUGAAAUGGGACUCCGAUCGCUCUCUUUCGUAGUUUCUACAGUGUAAUGUAUGCAACAUCGCUACACUGGGGCGCGUCUCGCUCCUCGUAAACAUUACACCCUAGGUCUCCCCAAGUGUAUAGUAUUCGGUAUUUAGAAACGAUCGCGCGACACCGCUCCCUGCACUCAUUAA